CUUCCCCCCAGUAUACAUAUAUACAUACAGACUUCUCAUAGAAUCAAAUCUAUAAUCGAAUCUUGAAGCUUUCCAGUGGGAGAGAAAAAUGGGGGGUACACGGCGUGGGAGUCAGAAAACUGAAAAGAGCGAAGAAUCAAACGGAGAAAAUGAAAAUGGAGGUGGGAAAGAAAUAGUAGAGUACGAGGAAUCAAGAGCCCAAAGAAUUAAACAAAACAUGGAUAGAAUGAAAAGCCUCGGGAUUUUGGACCUCUCUAAGAAACUCAAGCCGGAACCUAAGCGUCAAAUUGCAAAAACCCUUUCUCAGAAGAAGAAACCCGCACGUGAUGAUCCGCCAAGGCGCUCUACUAGGUUGCAAGAGAUGCCUCGGGUGAGUUACGUUGAAAUGAAAACUGACAAAAAGGGGAUUCCUGUGAAAAUUGUUGAGAUCCGCAUAGAAGAAGGUGAAAACCCUGAAACUUACACAGAGGAGCAAGAGAAGCUUUUGGGCGACUGUAAAAUCCCCUGGACUCUCUUUGUUGACGGCUAUGACGAAGAAGGGCAGCGCAUUUAUGAUCCUUUCGAGGGAAAGAGUUGCCAUCAAUGCAGACAAAAAACUCGGGGUCUGCGCACUGAAUGCAGCAAAUGCAAGAUUGGCACUGGACAGUUUUGUGGAGAUUGCUUAUACAUGAGGUUUUUGGAAAAGAAAUAUUCGCUUGCUUUCAUCGUUAUUUGUGUUUGAUUUCAUCUCAAGCUGCAAAUGCUGUAUUGUAUUCUAUUCAUGCAUGCUUUUAAUGAAUUAACAUGUAUAUCAAAAUUCGUUUAGGGAUAGGCGGUUCUUUUGUUCCCCUCCUAAGCUUAAAUGGGGAGUUUGGGAUUGCCCCCUACUUAGUAUAUUGACCGAAAGAAUUACUACAAA